AUGACACCUGGCACUGUCUGUUUUUGCUUGCAGACCUAUUCCCUGCACAAUGAGGCAGUGCGGGCUGCCCAGUGGUCUCCUUGUGGCCGGCGCAUCCUCAGUGGUGGCUUUGACUUCGCUCUGCACCUGACAGACCUCGAAAGAGGAACCCAGCUAUUCAGUGGUCAAAGUGACUUUAGAAUCACUACCUUGAAAUUUUAUCCAAAGGACCACAAUGUAUUUUUAUGUGGAGGCUUCAGCUGUGAAAUGAAAGCUUGGGACAUCAGGACUGGCAAGGUGGUGAGAGGCUACAAGGCGACCAUCCAGCAGAACUCGGACAUCCUCUUCCUCCAGGAAGACUCUGAGUUCCUGAGCAGCACAGAUGCUUCCACCCGGGACUCCACUGACCACACCAUCAUUGCCUGGGAUUUCUAGACCUCUGCCAAAAUCUCCAACCAGAUUUUCCACGAGAGAUACACCUGCCCCAGCCUUGCUUUGCACCCAAGGGAGCCUGUGUUCCUGGCACAGACCAAUGGCAACUACCUGGCCCUCUUCUCCACUGUGUGGCCCUACCACAUGAGCAGAAGGCAGUGCUACUAAGAGCACAAAGUGGAAGGCUACUCAGUGGGCUGUGAGUGCUCCCUGGGCAGUGACCUGCUGGUGACAGGCAGCACUGAUGGCCGGAUCCUGAUGUACAGCUUCUGCACAGCCAGCCAGGUGUGCCCACUGCAGGGACACAUGCAGGCCUGUGUCAGAACCACCUACCACCCUGUGCUGCCCUCUGUCCUUGCCACCUGCUCCUGGGGAGGGGACAUUAAGAUCUGGCACUAA